GGCAAACAAAAUUCAGAGAUGCUUAAAUGGGGACUCCUCCUCCCGCGGCGAUAGGUACCAGGGGCACUGUAGGAUCUCUGGUGAGGAAGGAAAUUGAAUACUUCACCAUGUUCGAGUUAGAGACGAGGUUGUUGUUCCAAAGACAACAACCUCGUGCACAAGCUGUGGACCAGGUUUCUGCAAGAGGAUUUUCUAGCUGCAGACCCAGUUUCUGGGUGUCGCUAAUGACCUGGAAGAGGAAGAAGCGAAAGUUCUCUAGUGGGUUCCUCCCAAAGAUCUGUUCUGUUUCAGAAGUAGCAGAGACCCAUCAUCUAGACAGAAUCCCAGGAUUCAGCUACAGGAUCCUCAGUACUGAUAUCAACAACUUCGGAGACUGCAAGGAUUGUGUUAUAUGACAUGAUGAUAUUGAUAUCAUAUCUCUCUUUGGUAUCUAAUGAAACUCACAAGAUAUCUGUGACAGUAAUUAAGCAAAGGUAGUUGGUAUUUUCCCCUGUAAUUUUCUCGUGGUUUUAAUCUAAAACCAGUGUUGGAGACUGUUGUGGAUAUUGUUGCCAACAAGACUGAGGAUUUUACAUAUCAAUUUGGCUUUCGUUA